AUGGGCCGCCAAGACGAAGUGGCGGCCUUGCCCGCUCGACGAUGGAGGACCGCGCGACUUCCACGGCCACGGCGCCGCUGCAGCUGCCCAUCCUGCCUCUGGACGGCAAGCUCCAUUGGCGAGCUCUUCGACGACGCCUCGGGGGACGGCAUCAUUGGCGACGAGUCCGAUGAGGAGGACCCGACGCUGGUGAAGGGCGCCACCAAGGGCGGCGCUGCCACCAAGGGCAAGACCCCCCUGUACGAGGAGGAUGACAGCGAGUCCGAGUCUGCUUCGGACGAGGACGACUACUUCCAGCAGGAGCAGCUCCAGACUUCCGUGGCCGAGAAGGCGGCGACCAAGAGCUCCAAGACUCUGCUGCUCUAA